AUGUCAACCAUCGAUGCUCUUGUCAGCGAUGAAAAAAACAACAAACUUCAAAAAGUUCUCGUAACGGAUCCUCUAUCACAAGUUCACUAUGUUAAAGUCUCGUUUAACAUUCUCGGUCUUACUUGCGCAGCUUGCGUGCGAUCGGCAGAACUGGGCUUAGAGAAACUCGAGGGCGUCAAGCCCGGUUCCAUUAAUGUGAAUUUGUUGAUGGGAAAAUGCUCUUUGCAAAUUGAAAAAUCUUUGCUAGACGUUGAAUUAAUCAAGACUGCCAUACACAACACCGGAUUUGAUCUCGACGACAUAAUAACCGAAGAUUCAAACAAAAGGUUGUCACGUGACGAUGUCGAUGAUAUUAAAGGUCUCAAAGCGGACUUCAGUUCGGUCACGACAAAUCUCAUCAUUGGAGGAAUGACGUGUGCAUCAUGCGUGGCCUCGGUACAACGUAUAGUGGAAUCUCUACCAGGAGUAGAAAGUUGCAACAUAAAUCUGUUAACCGGUGACGGUGCAAUUACGCAUCUUCCCCAAUUGACUGGUCCGCGCACCCUCAUAGAAUCUAUCGAGAAAGCUGGUUUUACCGCUAGGCUGAAUCCUAAUUCCUCAUCAAAUAAUGGCGAUCUCUCCAACGCUUCAAAAUCUGUCCGUGAACGUGCUGAGAAACAAGAACGACUUCUUCGCAGACGGUUCCUAAUCAGUUUAAUAUUUGCCAUACCGACUUUCAUUAUUGGAAUGUUUUUCAUGAUGUUCCUCAAGGACACGAAAUUUACUCAAAAUUAUCUUGGCCUUCAAGUGUUUCCAGGUCUUGGGCUCAGCACCUUGAUUUUGUUCAUGUUAGCGACACCAGUGCAAUUUUAUCUGGGUUACCCUUUUUAUGUUAAAUCUUACCGAUCCAUUAGGUACGCCCGAACUGCGAAUAUGGACACUUUGGUCGCCUUGGGUACAUCGGUUGCCUACUUUGGCUCCAUCAUUAGUGUGCUCAUCGGAAUUAUUCAUGCAAAUCGCAAUGACAUGGAACAAAAUCAGGAAUCAAUGGAUGGACAAGAAUUUUUUGAAACUAGUGUGUUCCUAAUCACAUUUAUCUGGUUGGGCAAAUGGAUGGAGGCAAAGGCAAAGGGGAAAACCUUUGAAACUAUUACAAAGUUAAUGGAGCUGCAGCCAGAGAAGGCUAUUUUGGUAAGAACCAAUUCGUCCGAAAAUGUCGUUGAAGAACAAGAGAUUGACAUGAAUCUUGUUCAAGUCGGAGAUAUUCUUAAGGUUAAUGCUGGGGCGAGAAUCCCUUGCGAUGGAAGGAUCACAAAAGGAACAACUUCGAUCGAUGAGUCCAUGAUCACCGGGGAAUCGAUCCCCGUCAUCAAAUCGGUAAACGAUGAUGUUAUAUGCGCCACUGUAAAUCAGUCUUCCACUAUCUUGAUCGAGGCCAUACGCGUCGGAUCCGAUACCACUCUCUCUCGUAUAAUCACACUCGUUCAAGAAGCUCAAUCUAGCAAGAAGGCACCUAUCGAGGAACUGGCCGACAAGAUUUCUCGAGUAUUCGUGCCACUAGUGAUCUCCAUGUCAAUAAUAGUUUUUGCCUGUUGGGCCGUAGCUGGCGCAGUCGGCUCAUACCCGGAAGACUGGGUACCUUACAAUGAAAGUCAUCUGACAUUUGCCUUGUUCUUUUCAAUUGCCGUGAUGGUGAUUGCGUGUCCUUGCGCUCUUGGAUUGGCUUCCCCGACGGCCAUAAUGGUUGGCACGGGUGUGGCAGCAAAAUUCGGAAUAUUGGUUAAAGGCGGUGGGGAAGCCCUACAGAGGGCAAGUAAAAUUAAUAUCAUUGCUUUUGACAAGACCGGAACGCUCACGUAUGGAAAACCAAAAGUUGUUAAAACCAUGAUAUUCGUAAAAGACGCAGAAGAAAAUGGAGGAGAAAAAAGAACCGUGAAAAAUUUGCUACUACAAAUCGUUGGUGUUGUGGAGUCGUCAAGCGAUCACCCAUUAGCUAAGGCUGUUUCGAAUCAUGUGGUAUCAAAAUUGAGUGGAGAAAAAGAGAAUAACAAGACAGAAAACAUGCAGCAAAAUUUGGCGAAGCACCUUGAGAAUGUUAGUUUGGUAGAUGUCGCCGAAAUCCCUGGAAAAGGUCUCAAAGCAGUGGUCAACGUAAGGUCAACAUUUUGCAGAAACAUAAUCGUAAAUGAAGUUCUUGAUGAUAAAUCACAAAAUGAAAGCGUUAAUUAUAACGUCUACGUUGGAAAUGAGGAUUGGAUUAAAGAAGAAAAUUGUGUAUACCCAUCACCUCGAUCCCAAGAAUUUGAAGAUACAAUAGUAUCUUGGAGAAAAUUGGGAUGCUCUAUAGUUAUGGUCGGAUUAUCCGUUGCUGAUGACGAGGCCAAUAGAGAAUCCAACAAUUCACGCGUAAUAGCAGCAAUUUUCGGUGUGACCGACACCCCAAGACCAGAUGCCAAGAAAACUGUAUCGGCACUCACAUCAAUGGGAAUCCACGUUUGGAUGAUCACGGGCGAUCAUUCAGUCGCUGCGAAAGUCAUUGCCUCUAAGGUAGGAAUUAAACAUGUAUUGGCUCAAGUGACUCCAGAGAAGAAAGCCCAAAAGAUAAAAUGGUUGCAGAAGAAAGGUCACCUCGCAGCUUCGCCUAAAAGUUCGAAAAACGACCCCAACAUGAAAGCAAAAAUAUACACAAAUGCUUCGAACGUAUCCACAAAACGUCCAGUAGUGGCGAUGAUUGGAGAUGGCAUAAAUGAUUCUCCGGCGCUUGCCCAAGCCGACCUUGGAAUCUCUAUAUCAAAUGCCAGUGACAUAGCUAUCGAAUCCUCAUCUGUAAUUUUAACUCGAUCCACCUUGUCUUCUCUAGUAACUAUGAUUGUGCUAAGCAGAGCGAUCAUAAAAAGAAUUCAACUAAAUUUCAUUUGGGCAUUUCUUUACAAUGCCUGCUCCAUACCCAUAGCUGCGGGAAUUCUGUUCCCAGUAUUCAAGAUAGGAUUGCCACCGGCUUUGGCAGGAUUACUGAUGGUGGGAAGUAGCUUGAGCGUUUUAAUGAGUAGUCUUUUGUUGAGGAGGUUUAAGGAACCCACUCUUUAG